GCCCUCAGUUGCUUUUUGACCGCGAAGCGAGUGGGUCGCGUCUCAUCACAGAUUGUUUCCCGCGAAAAUUUACGUACGAUUUUCUUUUUCCGUUGAUUUAUCGCGUUUCAGUUGUUUGAAACGCCAGUGAGCUGUUCGAGUGUAUGUAGAGCGUGGUUCUGAGUAUUUGUGAUUUUCUGCAAUUUUCCCCUGAAACUGAAACGUCUUGACGGAUUGCGUUUAUCAUCUGAAAAAAGUGAGUACUAGUGCAGUGCACCCGGUUCCAUGCUAGCGCGGCGAUAGUGUCAUCGCGCUGGCGUGGUACGGCGGGAGCGGGGGCAUGCAGGCGGGCGGCGGCUGGUUCGUGCCGUGGAUGGGCACCAUGGGCAUGCAGAAGUUCGCUGUCGCGCUGCCCAUGGGCGGCGUGGUGCCGCUAGUGCCGCCCCUGCUGGCCGCCCUGCCGCCCGCGCCGCCGCCGCUGCGGCUCAUCGCGCCGCCCAUGCACCAGCAGCGGAAGGGCGAAAAGGACAAUGGCAAGAACUGUAUCCUGUCGUGUGAGAAGCGGAAGGCGGAUGACAUGGACAUCAACAAAGACUUGAAAAAGGCAAAACUGGAGACAAAAGCGCUGAAAGCGAAAAGGCCGGGAUUCACAGACGACAGAUACAACGAGACAUCGUACUAUAUCGAGAAUGGUCUCAGAAAAGUGUACCCCUACUACUUCACAUUCACGACGUUCACGAAGGGGCGAUGGGUUGGGGAGAAGAUUCUGGACGUCUUCGCGAGGGAGUUCCGUGCGCAUCCCGCGGCGGAGUACGAGAGGUGCAUCCGAGCGGGCACCCUCACCGUCAACUACGAGCGAGUGGACCCCGACUACAGGCUCAAACACAACGACCUGCUCGCCAACGUCGUCCACAGGCACGAAGUACCGGUGACCAGCCAACCGAUCACCCUCGUCCAUAUCGACGAGGACAUUGUGGUCGUCAACAAACCGGCCUCUAUCCCCGUACACCCAUGCGGUAGAUACCGACAUAAUACUGUUGUGUUCAUACUCGCUAAGGAAUAUAACCUCAAAAACCUUAGGACCAUUCACAGACUCGACAGGCUAACGUCAGGUUUACUACUAUUCGGAAGAAGCCCGAAGAAAGCCAGACAAAUGGAACACCAGAUCAGAAACAGACAAGUGCAAAAAGAGUACGUCUGUAGAGUCGAUGGGGAAUUCCCAGAGGAAGAAAUAGAAUGCCAAGAACCUAUAGAGGUGGUGAGCUACAAAAUCGGUGUGUGUAAAGUAUCGCCGAAAGGGAAAGAUUGUUCGACAGUGUUUAAGCGCUUAGGCUAUAACACUCAAUCCAAGACCAGCGUUGUGCUGUGCCGACCAAAGACUGGGAGAAUGCACCAAAUAAGAGUACACUUACAAUAUUUAGGUUAUCCCGUAGUUAAUGAUCCCCUAUACAACCAUCCGGUAUUUGGACCUCUUCGUGGUAAAGGCGGUGAUACAGGUGGUAAAACAGAUGAACAACUUGUAAGGGACUUAAUUGCUAUACAUAACGCUGAAAACUGGCUUGGAGUUGAUGCUGCAGAUGACGACAUGUUGUUUUCCAAACCAGUAUCAGAUGACAAAGUAGGAGAAUACGAGUGUGAUACGGGACCAGCGUCGAGAGAAUCAUCACCUAGACUGGAAUCUCCGGCACCUGGACUUACUCCUUCAUCUGUGAUGACGCCGACUCUAGCGAGCCCCUCGAGUGGUGCUGAAGCCCCAAUGGAGGAGAGGUCCCCGGCACCGCCGUCGCCAAUCGCCGCACUGAACAUCAACGAAGACUCUAGCGACGCAAAGUCGGACAAAGUGACGGUGGCGACACAGACCGGUUGCACCCCCGCGACCAUAGUGCCAAGUGGGUCGAACACUGCACCCGCUGCCACGGUCGGCCAGAGCCCCGCUGCCAACAUCGCGGGGGUCGAGGCCAUAACCCCCGACCCCCACUGCUACGAGUGCCGUGUGCGGUACCGCGACCCGAGACCCAGGGAUCUCGUCAUGUACCUACAUGCGUGGAAGUACAAGGGACCAGGCUGGGAGUACGAGACCGAGCUGCCCCAGUGGGCGAACGUCCAGUGGGAGGAGCAGGAGAACUCAUAGUUGCAGAUACUGACACCGCUGCAGAAGCGCCUCGCGUCUGCGCUGCACAUUACAAGGAAGUGAAUGAGACUCUCGAUUAUUGUGUAAGUUCGAUGAGAAACGAUACUGAAAUCGUCGCAGAUGAUGACAAUGAACAUAUAUCAUAACUUAUUAUAGUAGUACGUAAUGUUGACGAGUUUGUAUAUACGAUAUACGAAAAUGUUUUUGAUAUCUUUAUGUUUCCGAAUGCGAGGCGAGCACCGACGGGGCUCCCGAGCCCGGCCCAGUAACAUCUCGUGUAAAAGUGGCUGUUAUAUCUUAUACUGAAAUAAGUUAAUCGUUAAGUAGAUGUAAGGCUAUCCUACGUUCUACGUUAUUUGCGACAGUUGCACUUCUGUAACCUGUUUUCUAAAUUUUAAGACUUUGUAGCACUUUGUUUUAGCGUUUACUAGGAUUUAUUUUAUGCGUUCAGUUCCUAUCGGCCUAGACGUUUCGAGCUGCUUAGUGUAGUGUACGUGUAAGACGUUUUUGUAAAAAUAUCAGUACCAUUAAUUAUUAUUAUUGUAUAUCGCUUUAACGAGGCAGGGUCUGAAAAAUUGAAAAAAAAAUAUAUAUUGAAGCAUUUUAUGGACGCCGAAUGAUUGAGCAGAAUCGUUUGUUUUCGAGUCGAAUAAAUUUUAAAAUAUAUUUUAGAAUUUAGAGGAUAACGGACUUCAUGGAGAAGAAUAUAUUUUCGAAUUACGUUAAGAUUUUCUCUCCCUCUUUCGUAGAUUUCUCGGCUUAGCGAUAUCGCUUGAAAUUGUAAAAUUUCGGACCACUGCUAUAUUUUCUUACUUGAAGUCAUAUUUAUAGUACCUACUCUUAAACUUUUUAUGGGAAGGCUAUCUCUGUAAUAUAACGCGUUUGUAAUAAUUAAAUUUACGGUAAAAUAGAAAUGCAUUUUUGUAGGCGGUGGUAGUUAUCCGUCACGUUUUGGCUUCCAUAGUUUCGGGGUAGAAUCUAGGUAUUCUCGAGAAUUUUGUACUUUAAAUAAAUUAAGAGUAUCAGUAAUUUUGCUACGUCUUAUAUUCAUGUCGCCAUCACUCAGUCAGCCAUACGUUUGUUUUGCAUUUACUCCCCGUGUUUUAUUAUCUAAAAAGACAUCUUAAUCUGAUAUCGUUUCCGUUGACGUGACCAAAGUGAUAUAUUUAGUUUCCAAAGACGGUUUUGUUACAUAUUUAGUGUCGAGUGGACGAUCGAGCAGCACACUUAAAGACAUGAUCCAGUGUUUGUUAUUACAUAUUUCGUAAGUUUUGAGUGAAUCUAGUUUUAAGCGAAGCAGUCUUUCAACUUUGUUUGGAAUGCUUUCGAUUUGGACAUUGUUUUGAUUUAUAUUUUGUUUUCGUUUAUUUACUAGUUAGUUUAAUGAUUAAAAAGACAAUCGUAACCCGAUACUUUCAUGAGCUUUGAUAAAUUCUAUAUAAAAUUAUAUAUUUUUCUUACUGUAGCUGUUAGUAUACGUAAUUUAUAUAUUAUGUAAAAUAUUUGUUAGUAUUUAUGUAUUAUUUGUUAUAGAUCUAAGAUGUUUAAGAAUGAUGUGUAAUUGUCUAUUUAGUUUUCAUUCAAAGAAAACUUCAAAAAAUAAAAUAAUGUUAUUCUCCUUCAUUUCAAAUAACGUCGAGUUGUAAAUCCUAGCAAAACUGUACACUGAGAUUUAAAAUGGAACAGACAAGACGUGGUCCAAGUUGAUUUAGAUGAUUUUGAUGAAUUGCCCAUGUGACGUCAAGGGCACUAUCAAAGUUACACAAAUGCCAGAAAUGUGUAAAAUGCACAAAAUGGUAACAUAACGUUUAUAUGUAAAUUUUGCGUAUCUAUGAAAGUGCUCCUAAAAAUAUUGUGCUCCUAAAUACCAUUUGUUUUUGUAAGCUUGGCAAAUUGAUGGGGCUUAUGGAAAACCCAACAACUGAAAAUAUAACCGUGUAAAAUAGAAAAAUAAUCUCAUAUUAUACCAUAACGUUAUAAAAGAAUUAUUAUGAUAUUUAUUUUAAACACGCAGUCAUGAGCCCCCUUUUAAAUAAUUUGCAUGACUAAGUUUUUUUUUCAGUGCCAGUCAUUAAAUGUUUGUUUGUGUAACUGGUUUCCAUUAAGAGGGGGAUGACGUAAACGAUUUUCCACUUAAUGCAAACGCGCAUAGUUGUUACAAGUAUUUUACCAGACAGUUUUGGGAUCAAAUUAUUAUUGAAUAAGUGAGCGUUUCCUGCAUCGCAUACUGCAUACAUUUGUGCCGAUAUCUUUGUCUAUUUUAAUGAGUUCCAUGUUAAUUUUAAAUUCUUGAUUUAACAAUGGCAUAUUAUCACGUACGUUUUAAACACAUUAUAGACAUUUCGGGCCAUGAUAUACAUUUAUAUCUAUGUUUAUUAAUAAAUUGUUAUUAAUUUUAUUACAUUUUAUUUGAUCGGCACUUUUAAAAUUGACAUUCUGUAAUAUAAACUGUGGCAUAUCACAUGCGAAGCUGAUUUGACUAGUCAAAUGAGCUUCUCACAUUUUUUAAAUAGGAUAAGGUGUUAGGUAUUCGUCAUUCGCAUACAGUAGAUUGGUGACAGACUGGUUAUGGGGUUAGUGCUGCUGUGCAAACUAAUGAUUAAACCACAUGAAAUAUAAUAAUAGAAGUCUCGUACAAAUAUUAACUAAUUUUGAAAACUUUUACUGAACUUAAGGACUAUGUCAAUAAUAAUUUUAAUAUUUCUGACUGGUUAAUUGGUAUUAUCGUCAAACAAAUGUGGUAAGUAGUUUUCCUCUGUAUCUAAGAAUAAAAAUUGCGUUAAGCUUUUGAUGCCGUGAGUCGUGUUGCCGCAGGCAUGGGGGUAAUGUAGUUACAGCGGCGUGUUCUCUAAUGUCACAGAAGCCUGAAUAGAGGGAAAACUUCAAACAAACUCUCACCAACAUCUGACCUUUCCAAGAAAAUGUUUCGCUCCAGUUGAGACCGGUUCAAACUGGAUCUUACGCGGCAAAUAUUAAUUAUUCAGAACUUAAGAAUAUUAUUAUUAAUUAACGAUAUUGUUUCUAUUGCCAGUGUUUGCACGCCAGCACUAAUGAUUAUUUAUUAAUCGUGAUUAUUUCUAGAGAGCCUUGUAGUUUAUGUGAUAGUACAAUUCAGUUGGCUUCGUUCACUUGACGUUUUGUAGAGCAGUUUGUUGCUUUAUUUAUAGGAAAUUUUCAUGUGCCUUCUGAAAAAUGGAAUAGUGAAUUGUAAAAUUUUUCAGUACGGUUAUCGGUAAUUGUUGAAUAAUUAAGUAGGAAUAUUCCGCGGGUGUCGCGAGAGUGGCUAAAGGUAGAAUAAUUUUUUUACAGAAAUAAAAUCAAGCGGCCCUUUGGCUUUUGUAUUGACAAUAAUGAUGUUUAAAUUGACAUUGACAGAUCGCUGUCUCUUUCACUCGUAUGCAGUUUUCGUACCUACCUUCAGUCACACCGUGUCGCGGACCGAACCAUGUCAUAUUUUGCUGAGCGUUUUGUGUUAUAGGUGCCAUAUUGUGGCGCAAACUUUGUUUUGUAUUAGGAACAUGACAUGAAAGACAUUUUGUUAUUUUUACAAUAAGUAUGUCGUAUAUAAGAGUAUUAUAGUGUUUUCUUCUUUAGAUUCGUGUUUCCACAUUAAUUAGAAUAAAAUUCAUCUUUGAGA